ACUUGAGAGAUUCCAGGAGUUUGCCUAAAAGCUGAAAUUAAUUAACAGUCAAUCAAUUGUUUCUUGCGCUUUUUCCUUCCUGAAGCAGAUGAAAUAAGUGGCACUGGAAUUUAAAAGUAAUGAAACAGAUGAAAUGACAGCUCUGGGGACCCGAGUAUUCAAACUUUGUGUUCUGCUUCAUUUUUUUCAUCUUGCAGUGUGGAGCAAAAAACUAACAGUAUUCCAAACACCAUCAGAGAUCAGAGCACUGAAGCGGGACAACGUACAAAUAAAUUGUUCAUACAGUGACACAGUUGAACAGUUCCGGAUUAUGUGGAAGCGUAACACCAGUACACAAUUAUUCUGCUAUCACAUGGAAAAUAAAUUUAAUUUUUCUUCUAUCACGCAUUGCACAGAACGUGCUAACAUUACGGUGGACUCCUCAGCAAAAUCCUCAUCUUUAAUAAUCCACAAUCUUCAUUUAAGUGAUGCUGACACUUACUUCUGUCAGGUUGAUUUUGAAAUUCCUCCUCCUUCACAAUCAGCAAGAGGUAAAGGUACACGCAUUACAGUGGAAGCUCAGCCAACUGUCCAGUUAAUUGAAAGGACUCAGCCUUACCCUAAUGAAUGGAGAGAGUUAAUCUGCACAUCACUGGAGUUCUAUCCUGAUGACAUUCAAGUGUCCUGGUUUAAAGAUGGACAGCGAAUCACCAAUGGCGUUAAGAAUGGGACUCUCUAUACUAACAGUGAUGGCUCAUUCUCCAUCACAAGUGCCCUGAAUCUUUCUGCACUUGAGCAGAAUGAAACUGGAAUAUAUUACUGUCAAGUGAACCACUCAACUCUUUCUGCACCCACCACUAAAAGGAUUCCUGUUUGUAACCAAGGUUCUGCCAGCAACAGAGGAUUGUGGAUAUUACCAACAGUUAGUGGCUUAAUUGCGUUGAUGGUGUGUGUGGUUAUUGCAAUAUUUUGCACAUGUACAAUUUCAAAAAAAGAUGCUUCAUCAUUAAAGAAAGCAGCUGACCCUGAAAGUGAACAGCAUGCGAGAGGAGAACUAAACAAUGACGAUAAUGUCGUCUACUCACUGCUAGGCCAAUACCCUUGCAAUAAUUGAGCUGACAAUCUAUUUCAUCAAAGGCUUUCUAUAGCAUUAUUCAAAAUGUUUCAAGGCUCCUGUGCAAUUCUGGCAUGAACAUUACAAAAACUGUUCACCCAUUCUUAAAGUUGAUGUCAACUAAUAAAACUUCACUAACAGGCUGUAAUUUUGAGAAUCAGAAAGUGUAACAGUGAAUGGGAGACACAAAACACAGAGAUAGAUCUCUGCUGCACUUUCCCAUGCGAUCAAAUGAGAUACAAAAGACCUUUCAGUUUUGUAAAUGCAAAACAUGAUAGAAAUUGAAGAUCUGUUAAUCCACUGUAUCCAUUCUUCCUGAUAAUUCUAUACUUAUCAUUAAAUCCCAUGUACCUUUAUAUUAUGCGGAAUUACAUUAAGCUCUGAAUAAUUAUGACUUGAAAUAAUUUGUUGCUAUCCACAGAUUUAAGCAAACUGUAUUGUGACAGUUGUGGAAGUGCUACCUGCUGCUGCCUCACUUCCUGACCGCAAUAGCCGUCCCCCUACUGGAAGGAACUGCUGCUUUCUGCUCCUUGCUGCUCACUGUGACUGCAUUUUUCAUUGGAUUUCCCUGCUCUGUUCUGUCUUUAUUGCCAUUUC